AUGUCUGUCAAUCCUAAGGCUUUUCCUUUAGCCGACACUGGCUUAACUCAACAAAUUCUUGACUUGGUGCAACAAGGCUCUCAUUACAAGCAACUCCGCAAGGGUGCUAACGAGGCUACCAAGACUUUGAACCGUGGUAUCAGCGAAUUCAUUGUCAUGGCUGCCGACACUGAGCCCAUCGAGAUUUUGUUGCAUCUUCCUCUUCUUUGCGAAGACAAGAACGUUCCCUACGUUUUUGUUCCCAGCAAGGCUGCGCUUGGACGCGCUUGCGGUGUCAGCCGUCCUGUGAUUUCGGCUAGUAUUACUACCAAUGAGGCUAGUGAUUUGGCUCCUCAAAUCCAAGCCAUCAGGUUGGCUAUCGAAAAGCUUCUCAUUUAA